CCGGGGGCGGACUCCCGCCGCCCAGCUGAGACGCGAUUCGUCACUCUUGCAGAACUUUCCCCCUGAAAAUCCCUGCACCAAAACCAGCCCUCCCGCCCCGCGGAGGUUUUGAUUUUAGUGGCUUUCCUUCCUUUUAUUUUCCGUCGUGUGCGGGUUUGGGCUGCCGAGCAAAUUUGCAGCUCGUCCAUGUCAGCGGCAGUCGCUUCUGCCGCCGCUUACCCUGACACCAUGCACUCCGAAGCAGAAGAAUCGAAGGAAGUGGCCACAGAUGUCUUUAAUUCCAAAAACCUGGCCGUUCAGGCACAAAAGAAAAUCUUGGGUAAAAUGGCGUCCAAAUCCAUCGCUACCACCUUAAUUGAUGACACGAGCAGCGAAGUGCUGGAUGAGCUCUACAGGGUGACCAAGGAGUACACCCAGAACAAGAAGGAGGCAGAGAAAAUCAUCAAAAACCUCAUCAAAACAGUCAUCAAGCUGGCCAUUCUUUACAGGAAUAAUCAGUUUAACCAAGAUGAGCUAGCAAUGAUGGAGAAAUUCAAGAAGAAAGUUCAUCAACUUGCUAUGACCGUGGUCAGUUUCCAUCAGGUGGAUUUCACCUUUGACCGGAAUGUGUUAUCCAGGCUGUUAAAUGAGUGUAGAGAGAUGCUCCACCAGAUCAUCCAGCGUCACCUCACCGCCAAGUCACAUGGACGGGUUAAUAAUGUCUUUGAUCAUUUUUCAGAUUGUGAUUUCUUGGCUGCCUUGUAUAAUCCCUUUGGAAAUUUUAAACCCCACUUACAAAAACUGUGUGAUGGCAUCAACAAAAUGUUAGAUGAAGAGAACAUAUGAGCAUGUGAGUUGAGAUUGUGACUGCUCUUGAUUUAUUUGAAGAUGGAGCACUGCUGAUUUAUGAAGAAAAAAAAAUAAUGUUUUAAAGAUUACAUAUAUUUCAGAAAGACUUUGCCCAAUUCAGUUGUGAGGCAUUAAUGAUAAUGUUUUAUGAGGCUUGUUUUAUUUGAAGCAAAGCAUAUUGCCAAAUAUUCUGGUAAAAAGCUUCCCAGCGGUUAGCAGAUCACGGGAAGAUGUAUGGUUGCAUGAUGCAAAUAUAGAGUUAUAUAAAGAAAGAUACGUGUGGCUCCAAACCUCAAGACAUCUUUUUUAAGGCAGUUGUUAUGUUGGUGGCACAUUGGAUAUUUCUGUCAUGUACAGAAUUGUGUAUUUUGAUUCACCUUUAUUCCUUACUAUGUAUGUGUACCUCUUUUAAAAAGCCAAGAGCUCUCUCUUACUGUCAUUUCUCCUUUUGAAACAAGUCCAUUUUCAAGUUUACCUUUUGUUAAAAAUUCUUUUGUUAAAAGACUUUGUCACUGACAUUCAAGAAUUCCAUCUUAAUUAAGAAUUAAGAUUCAAGAAUUAAGGCAGUCAAAUUGAACCUUCAGAAAAAUAGAAAACUGCUUCCCUGAAAUCAAUAUUGUAGAAACCAAUUGUAUUUGACAUUAUGAAUAAUGUCUAACAUAAGACUAUGCUUCUGGAAUCGAGUCCUGUUUUUCAGUACCAACAGUAAUACUUCCCAAAACAUGAAAAUUCCCCGAAAUGGCAUACCAUUGCCUUGAAAUGCUUGCUGAGGGCUUAACUUACGUCAUCUUGAAAAUGUGCUGACGGAAUCCCCAUUUUUCAUAUCUGUUUUAAAUGUAAGAGACAAAGAGGAAAUCUAGAUCAUUCCCGAUAUUGGGACAAUAAAAAGUAAGUGGUUUUAAGAAUGAUAAAACAAUCUUUACCUUAGAGAUGAGCCCAUCAGAAUAAUUUAAUUUAGGGGGAUGAAAGGCAAAAGGGAAGACAGGAUAUUGCCAGAAGAACAUGGGAAUGAAAAUGAAUGCAUUUCAAUGUUUAGUAAGGUUUGAUAGGUAAAUAAAGAAUGUCACUUUUUUAUUUAACUGAUAAGGUUUUUGCUAUUUUGUUAUUUGCUAUUUUGAU